AUGCGCUUCUUGUGUCUUCACGGACGAGGCACAAACGCCGAUAUCUUCGAGUCACAGCUCGCCGCACUACAUAGCAGAAUCUCCUCUGAGCAUACGUUUGACUUUAUUGACGCCGAAUUCGAUUGUCCUCCGGCUCCGGGCAUUGGGGACCUUUUUGCCCCUCCCUACCUUUGCUGGUACUCCCAGUUUGACCCUACACACAUCCAAACUGCGCACGAUUAUAUUAGAUCGACAAUCGAAGAAGACGGUCCCUAUGACGGAGUGAUUGGGUUUUCCGAAGGAGCCGCCCUCGCGGCAAGCUUUUUGAUCAGCUUGCAACACAGAAACGAUGAAUCCGGGGGAAACCAGACAGACUUGCUGUUCAAAGUCGCUAUAUUCUUCAACAGCGCAAUAGUCCUCUCGCCGUCGAAAACUCUAGGAAGUAAUAUCACACAAUGGAUCGCCAAGAGUAGGGCCCAACUUAUCGAGUUUAUCCACUGUAAUCCCAAGGAGUUCGAAAAGCUCCCCGACACCUUUGGCUUUACGUCUAUUUGCUUAUCGUCGUUCAAAAGCCGAAUUGCGAUACCUACCCUGCAUGUCAUUGGGGAAAGAGAUGGGUUUGUAGACGACGCGCGGCAGCUAGUGGAGUUUUGUUGUAAGCAGACAGCUGAGGUUUUUGUUCACAGUGGGGGACACGAGCUUCCCCGUGACGAGGCAACAUUGGAUCGAUUUGCUACGCGCUUUGAAGCAGUGAUUGCGUUGGCUGCAGUUGUUUGA